GUUAAAUACUGGUGCGGCAGAAAAGCCGCUUUUGGUAACAGCUACGCAUCGUUCAUAUAUGGAGUAAAUAUUGUUGGAUAUAUAGUGACAUUCUUUCUGAUUUCUGCUUCUUAUUUCAAAUCGCGAUUUUGGAUGGAUUCAAAAAUGUCGAAAAUACAACAGGCGAAGAUCAGGUAUCAGUUGAUAAUUUCUGUGUUAUCAAUCAUUCUCAUCUCUAUACCUAAUGGACUAUCUUUGUUCGCACAAUAUAUAACAGCGGUGGCUGAUGCAGUAGCUAAACCGUCAACGUAUUUGAUAUGUGUGAACUCCUCCAUCAACAUUUUCGUCUAUUUGGCUCUCUAUGAUGAAUUUCGAAUGGAAUUCAAAAGGUGUAUUCUACGAAAAGCACCGAAGGCUAGCAGUAUCACAACACUCAGAAUACGUUUCAGCUCUGAGUGGGCUCAGAUGGAACGACAGUAUGCUCAAGCUGUGUAG